AUGACAGUUCUUAUCUAUGACAGUUCUUAUCUAUCUAUCUAUCUAUCUAUCUAUCUAUCUAUCUAUCUAUGUUCUUAUUUAUCUAUGACAGUUCUUUAUCUAUCUAUCUAUCUAUCUAUCUAUCUAUCUAUGUUCUUAUUUAUCUAUGACAGUUCUUUAUCUAUCUAUCUAUCUAUCUAUCUAUCUAUCUAUCUAUCUAUCUAUCUAUGUUCUUAUUUAUCUAUGACAGUUCUUUAUCUAUCUAUCUAUCUAUCUAUCUAUCUAUCUAUGUUCUUAUUUAUCUAUGACAGUUCUUUAUCUAUCUAUCUCAUCUAUCUAUCUAUCUAUCUAUCUAUCUAUCUAUUUCUUUAUCUAUCUAUCUAUCUAUCUAUCUAUCUAUCUAUCUAUCUAUCUGUGUUCUUAUCUAUCAAUGUAUCUAUGUCUGCUUUCAUCUAUUUCUUUAUGUUCUUAUCUAUCUAUCUAUCUAUCUAUCUAUCUAUGUUCAUAUUUAUCUAUGACAGUUCUUAUCUAUCUAUCUAUCUAUCUAUCUAUGACAGUUCUUAUCUAUCUAUCUAUGACAGUUCUUAUCUAUCUAUAUAUCUAUCUAUGACAGUUCUUAUCUAUCUAUCUAUCUAUCUAUCUAUGUUCAUAUUUAUCUAUGACAGUUCUUAUCUAUCUAUCUAUCUAUCUAUGACAGUUCUUUAUCUAUCUAUCUAUCUAUCUAUGACAGUUCUUUAUCUAUCUAUCUAUCUAUCUAAAUAUCUAUCUAUCUAUCUAUCUAUCUAUCUAUCUAUCUAUCUAAUAUACUUUAGGUAUAAUGCACAUAUUCGAAUCUAUCUAUCUUUCUAUUUCUAUUUUUUGUAUUUCUAUUUCUGUCUGUUUAUCUAUCUAUCUAUCUAUCUAUCUAUCUAUCUAUCUAUCUAUCUAUCUAUCUCAGUUUGUUCUCAUUUAUCUAUUUAUCUAUCUAUAUAUUUAUUUCUGUGUCUGUCUAUUUCUAUGUCUAUCUGUCUAUCAGGGUUUGCUCUCAACUAUCUUUUUAUCUCGAUAUGA